AUGGACCCCGUGGUGCUGAGCUUCCAGGACAGCCUUCUGCGGCGCUCCGACGUGUCCCUGCUGGAGGGCCCUCACUGGCUCAACGACCAGGUCAUCGGCUUCGCCUUCGAGUAUUUCGCCGCCGAGCGCUUCAAAGCCCUGGGGGCCUCGGCCGCCUUCAUCAGCCCGGAGGUCACUCAGUUCAUCAAGUGCGCGUCCUGCCCCGGGGAGCUGGCGCUCUUCCUGGAGUCUCUGGGCCUGGCGUCGCGCCGCUGGGUUUUCCUCGCCGUCAACGACAACUCGGACCGGUCGGCGGGCGGCUCGCACUGGAGCCUGCUGCUGUUCCACCGCGCCGCGCACCGCUUCGCCCACUACGACUCCCAGAACGGCAGCAACUCGCUGCACGCCCGCCGCAUCGCCGCGAGGCUGGAGCCCUUCCUGGGGGCGGCGGGGGCGGGGCCGGGGGGGGGGCGGCCGCCAGUCUACGACUGCGGCAUGUACGUGAUCUGCAUCGCCGAGGCGCUGUGCCAGGAGCUAAGGAUGGAGGCGGAGCCUAGACUCCCCCCGCAGGUCAUCACCCCGGGAUACAUCAGCGGGAAAAGGGCCGAGUGGCGCCGGCUGGUCCAGAGCCUGGCUCAGGACGGCCUACGCUAA